GAGAGAAAAAGAAAACUCAAAAAUGGCGUCGAACAUGAACGGGAUUGAGGUUAUAGAUAUUUGGUCUGACGAUGAAGAUGAUGGAAGUUCUCCUGUAAUAGCAUAUAACUCGAUAAAAUCUUCCAUGAAAGGCAAAAAUAACAAGAAAAGACUAGUAAUCAAUGAUGAUGACUGUUCGGUUUUGGAAUCUAAUCCUUUUGAAGAAUCUGUGGAUAAAUUCUCUACCAAUGAAGCUGCUAAGGAGUCUCAGGAAGAACUAACUGUUAUCGCUGAAGUUGGUCAGGUUGCUUGCAGAGAUUAUCCGCAUUCAAGACAUCUUUGUGUGAUAUUCCCAUUCAACACGACACCACACGCUAGCUACUGCCAACAGUGCUACUGUUACGUUUGUGAUUCAGUUGCUCCUUGUAAAUUUUGGGGAGCCCCAGUGGGACACUGUCAUGCAACAGCACUUGAACAAAAGUGGAGGAUUCUGAGAGAACAUCGGAAGCAUGGUUUCUUCAAGGACCGCCGACGUAGUUGAUUAUCCUGGGGAGUUUCAUUUUGGACAUACAGAUACUAGUCAUUGUACAAUAAUCCUGUGUCAGGUUUGGUCUUCUGAUUUUAGAGUCAGAUCCACGUGCUAUACUCUACUCGCACUUACUGCGAAAUCGGCUUACAGCUUUUGGUUCCAACUGUUUACUGGUACAGUUGUAGUAGUACUAAUGGACUUCUUCAGUUUAUCUUUUCCGCUCAGCUGAUAUGUGUAUAAAUUAUUCAGACUUCAGAGCUAUUGAAAAAUGAAAAGUGUUCUGAAUUUUUUUUGGUGUUUUCAGUGCCAAGCAGGAUACUUGAGUAAUUGUGUAAAGAGAUCUUAAUAUGAGUUCAAGAAUCGUGGCCCUGAUUCCCCUUGGACAAAGAGCAAAUCAAGCUCAAAUAUCAGGUAUCAGAGAAACUGAUGCAUAAACUAUAAUGUAGUACCCCAAAGUCAUUUUUUUUCACUUGGUCUCUAUGCUAUCAGGCUGCGCCUACUCAAGACUCUACAGAAUUCUAUCGUCAUCAAUGGAUGCAUUACGGGUAAAAAGAUGCAGAAACCCUCAUCUUUCGUACCCUGUGAGGAAACUAGAAAACUUUAGGAUUUCCAGUUUCAGUUAAGCUAGUUUUGUAAGUUAGAAAUAAAAAUACGAGUCACUGUACAAUAAUUCUGUGUCCGGUUUGGUCUACUCGUGCUUGCUGCAAGAUGGGCUUACAGCUUUUGGUUCCAACAGUUUACUGGAACUGAACAGUUGUAGUAGUAAUACUGAUGGACUUUCUGUUUUUCUUUUCUGCUCAGCUGAUGUGUAUAAAUUAUUCAAGACUUCAGAGCUAAUGAAAAAUGAAAAAUAUUUUUCCUGGU